UAAUAAAUAUGGCGUCUGUGCUUUGUGUUCAUUGUGCAUGUUUUCGUCAAAUAUUUGUUUAAAUGUGUUAUUGUGAUAUAAAACAAAAGGCUAUAAUUAUCCCAGCAACACUAUCAUACCUUUCACCGCCUCAACAAUUAUAUAACAUGAAGGUCAAACGAUAAAAUCAACCAUUAAACUAAAGAGAAAGGUGUAAGUACCACAGUUAUAAAAAGCAGCUGAAUGACAACUAAACCAAUAUGGCGUCCAGAGACGAGAGAGAAGGACCCGUGUAUUACCGGGAAAUACAAAAGAAUGCAUAUCUUAAACGGAUACCGAAUGAUACUGGGAGCAGUAAACUUAGAUCCUUAAGUAGUAAGAAAACAGUGCCUUUGAAACCAAUGUGGACCCAGCUCUGUGUGCAUAACGGCAGAACUCCUUAUUUAGAACAAUAUCCUGAAGCUAGCUGCCCGGCUACUAUGAGCCAUGCACCGGUAUGGCGAGCGUGUUUAAGCGGUGCUCGUCACGUGACUGCCAGUGUGACUCCCCGCGCCGGUGAUCAGUAUGAUUUCCUUGUGGAUACGGAUACUGGGGCUGUGAGAAUGCUUGCGCCUGAUUGGGAAUCAAUGCAAGACUGGGUAACAACCCUCCGAAACACACUCCACGAGCUCAAAAUCCUCAGUCCCGGCGAGAACGUGUACUGUGCAGCCCCAGCUCCGCCCCCAGUGCCGGCCCCCCGCGCCGCCGCCAGAGACCCCACCUCCCCGCUGCCCCCAACACCGCCCACACCGCCUCACAGAGUACCCGGCAUAGAAUUAACACCAAGACCAGCACCUGAGGCUUCUCGAAUCGAACCUACCCGCGUCGAACCCAAUCGGAUCGAACCCACGCGAGUCGAACCUAACCGGAUCGAACCCAAUCGAGUCGAACCAACUAGAAACGAACCCAACCGGAUCGACGCCCCUCGAAUUGAAUCUCGCACCGACCCAACCAGAAUAGAACCCAACCGCAACGAACCCAACCGGAUCGAACCGCCAGAACUUCCCCCGAAUUCUGACCAAGAAAGUAUAGACAUUUCAAAUUGGGAUACUCCAUUUUCUUCCCUACCUAGUACCAGUCAAGCUAAGGCCGAACCUAGAAGUUUGGCAAAGAUAUGUGGGCAAAAUAUAUGUUUGGAUGACUCGAUUUUUAAGAGGAAAAAUGUUACCGACAGUGAUGAAGAAUUUUUCAAAGAGAUUGAUAGACUUUGUGAUGAAGAAGAGAGUGAGUUUAAGCAGACGGUUCUAGUUAGUAAUGGGGAGAAAGAUGGAGUCGUUGAUAGUGGCAGUAAUCACCCAGCAACGAACAUAACAGUGAUACAAGUUUCAAACAAGGAACCUCCGCACACAGCCAUUCCCGUAAUGGGACCGGAAACGGAUGUAUUCGACUUCGAAUUCAAACAAAAAUUAACUAUUACCGACCCCCCAAAUCCGAAUUUCGUUAAUAUAGUAAAUACAGAACAAAAUGAGUACGGAACCACAUUUUCAAAAAACGAUUCAGAUUAUGGACAUUUAAGUCUAACUACAACUGUAAACUUAACAGGCUCAAACGACUCGGAAUUUCCGACUUUUCCGACUCAGUCGACUUUUCCGACUCCGAAGUCGGAAGAAUUGUACGAAAGAUUGUGUAUGGCGUCGACUUCGAAUACUAAACCGUCGCCUUUACCUGUAAAAAAGUUGAAGAGUGUAGAAAAAAGUCGGAAAUCUUCACUACCGAAUUUAGAAGUCGGAGAUUCGACUUACGAGUAUUUGUUUUUAAGUAAUAAUAAUACUAAUACGGUUAACGUGAACCCUGAAGUUAACUGUAACGGUGAUUCGAGUAGGGUUCAAGUUAGUUCUGUAUCAAAUGAACCGAUUAAUCGAUUAAGAUCGGUAGAACGGUCUAGGAGUCAAAAUGCGUAUGAUAGCAAUGUAAGACCGAGGGAAAUUGCUCCUAGAAGAAUACAGAAUUCUAGUCCGAAAAGAGAAAUUAAGAUUGAAAAUUCAGAACAGAGUAAUAUUCAAAAUAAGCCGAUUUGGAAGAGAGGGUUAACCGAGCUAUCUUUGCUGACUAGACUCAAAUCUAUUGGGUUGAAGAAAGAGAGUCCUACUCGACAGGAUGAUCAGGAGAGGAGUUCAUCAAAUGUCACUUCACCAGUGAAAGUCGUGCACAGAUCUAGACCGGAAGUGAGGGUAGACUCAACUAGAAGAAGAAGUAGCUCUCUAAGCAAUGCACCAGACACGUGGCAACACUACACCGGCCCGCCGCACACUGACGCCCGCCUCACGCCGCUCCGCGCGCGUCAAGUGUGCGCGUUCCGCGCGGAGCAGCGGCGCGGGGCCGCGUUGCCCGCUGCCGUCUCCGCUAGCACGCGGCCCGUGUUCGUUGACUAUGUUAAUCAAGUGUGGAUAGCAUGGUGGGGAGCCUGGGGCUGCCGCUGGACGGGGCGGGCGGGUGACCGCGUGGCGGCCGUGGCCGGCAGGGCUCCAAGAGACGCCGCACAUGCUAAUAGAGUUAUUACUACUGCUAGUGGACAUACGGUGGACAUAUUAUUUCAUCGUGUACCGCUCGGCAAAAUGUACGUCAUCAACAAAAGGGACCAAGAACCUUUAGGCCUACGUCUGGACAACGAGUGCAAUAUAACGCAGGCGGCGCCGGGCGGCGCGUGCGGCCGCGCCGGGGUGCCGCCGCCCGGCGCCUGGGCCGUCACCGAGAUCAAUAACAGACCUAUUAACUUGAUUACUGGUGGAGAGGACGAUAUGAACCGACUUAGCAGACAUGGUACUGAAGUGUCCAUACUAAUACAACCAUCAGCUUUCGUGAAAAAACUACGUUCGGCACUCAAAGCAAAUAAGAGCUUAUUGGGCAUGAGAUAAAGUCUAAUAUUAAAUAAUUUCAAUAUAAAAUCUCAAAAUUACUCGAACCUAGAGGCUUUUUGCUCGAAAUAUUACUAUCUCCCGAGCCAUUUCCCAACUAUGUUGGGGUCGGCUUCCAGUCUAACCGCAUGCAGCUGAGUACCAGUGAGCUACAAGAAGCGACUGCCUAUCUGACCUCCUCAACCCAGUUAUCCGGGCAACCCAAUUUGUCUUGGUAAGACUGGUUUUGCUCGAAAUAAUAAUAAUACAUAGUUUGAAAUAUUGCUAGAAUUGUUUCUGAAAAUUUGCUGUCUUUAUCGCACAAGUAUCAAAUUAGAUAAGUUAAACUGAUAUAGUAAUAUACAUAUCAUGUUGAUGUGUACUUUUCUCGUAAAAGAAUCUUUUCUUAGGUAACAUUCGAAUAUUAUAAUCAUCGGCACGGAUAUUGAGCCCUGACCUUCUCCUGCGCAGAAGUGAUUAAUUGGUUUAUUGCCUUAAGUGUACAGUGCGCAAAGCGAUCCCCACUCUUCCGCCGAGAACUCAUUAUCCGUGCCGAUAACUAUACAUAUUUUUAGUAUAUCUCAUCUACCUACGAAAUUUAUUUUUACUAGGGAAAUUUGUACGAUUUAAAAUAUAACGAUGACUAAACUAUAACCAGCCGUUUACUAACUAUAUUUGGUGAAAUUGACAAUUUGACGGUUUAUUGGUUAUCGUUAUAGUUAAAUGGUGCAACCCACUCUUAUUAAAAUAUUUGUUAUAGUGACUACCAUAGAUUUAUAAAUCCGACAGAUAAAUUAGCAAUGCGUGACAGAUAACUAUAUAUUUUGUAGUUUUAGUCCAAAACACAGACACUUUAAAGGCCUGUAUUAGCCCGGAAUAUUUCGAAAAAUAUUUUUAAUGUUCUAUGAUCAAAAUCAAAAAAUUACACAAAUACCGAUUUUGAAUUCAAAGAAAGCAUAUAUUUAUAUUUGCUCACAAAAAAAAAAAAAGAAAAAGUCUCUCAACUGAUAUAUUAAAUUUUUUGGGUCACUGGAUUGCCAAUUUAUCUACUACUCUAUAUCUAUGGAACCAACAGAAAUAAACAUUUUGUAACUUUUCAACUGUAUUAACGACUUUUUGCACAGAAAUGCAAAAAUAUUUGUGAUAACAAAAUUUGUAAUUUUUGACAUCCAUAUCGACUGACAGCUUUGGCCUGUUACAUGUAAUGAGGGAACAAUUUUUGUAUAAACACACAUAUAAAUAUUUUUUCUAUGUAAGUAGUUUUGUAGAGUUCACAUCAAAAAACGAUGCCGUUGUGAAAUUAGCUUCUAUCUUUUUUUUUAGCGACGUCAAAAAUCAUCAAAUGACCUCUGUGGGUUAGCAGCGCUGAGGGAGUGUCAGACUCUUACUGACUAAACACCGUCGUGUUCCGUCGUAGGCCUUUUAUGUACCAGCGCCGCGGUAACUCGCGCGAACAAUCCCGCAGCCCCGGCAGAGUUAGCUUCUAUCUGCACUAAUAUUAUAAGAGGAACCAUUUUUUUGUUUGUUUGUUUGUAUGUACCGUAAAGGUUCCGAAGCUAGGGAACCGAUUUGAAAAUUCUUUCACUGUUGGGGCGCUACACUCUUCCCGAGUAACAUAGGCUAUAUUUUAUCCCGGUACGGGCAGUAGUUCCCACGGGACGCGGGUGACACCGCGGGAAAAAAUUAUACUGCGUAUAUGGCUAACUUCACAACGGCAAAGUUAUAAUAUAUGAUAAGUGAUAGAUUAGCUUUUAGUCGCUUUUUUUUAAUAUUUACAUUUUUACACUUUGACUAUACAGAUUUUGAUAUAACGUUUUUGAGCAGUUGAUAAUAAGUGUAAGAGUUUUGAUGUUUAUUUUCUUAUAAAUUAAGGUUCGUGUUCAUAUUAUUUUUCUGAUUAAUAUAAGACUUAUAACUUAACUUGACUUGGUAUCUGUGGAGAUCAAAGGGGGAGGCCUAUGUUCAGCAGUGGACGUCCUAUGGCUGAGAUGAUGAUGAUGAUAAGACUUAUUUUAUCAUUAAAAAAUCUCAAAAAAAUUACCCUCUUAUUAAGUAAUCAUCUGCUUUGACCAACUAUGUUGGGGUCGGAUUCUAGUCUAACCGGAUGCAGCUGAGUUCCAGUGUGACACAAGGAGCGACUGCCUAUCUGACCUCCUCAACCCAGUUAACCCGGGCAACCCGAUACUCCUUGGUAAGACUGGUUGUCAGACUUACUGGCUUCAGUAAAAUAUAUUUUCCCGUUUAUUAUGUUUAUACAUAUAUUUCAAGUACAUGUAUAGUUUAUUUUUUUGUAGUGAACAUAAAUAAAAUUUUGUAAAUUAUGUAAUAUAAUUUGAUUCGAUUAAAUAAAAAAGCAAUGGUUAAUGUGAUAACUUGUAUAUACAUAUAUUAAUAUAGGUAUUUUAUAUGAUCUUUUUAUAGAGUAAUUUAAUUAAUUAUUUUAAAUCUUAUCCAUAUUUAACCAAAUUUAUUUAAUUUUCAGAAUUCAUUUACCUAUACUAGGUUUUCGGUACUGAUAUUUGUAUUUGAACUGUUUGUAUGUGUCGUUAAUUAUAAAACAAUUGUGUCUCGCAUAUAUCUGCGCUCCAACGGGUUAAGCCAACCGCCCGUUUUCAUGAAUAUGAUAUUACAUUUAUUUUUGAGGAAGAAUUCUCUAUGAAAAAAUGUAAUAAUUGGUCUGCAAAUUAUUAUAUUUUUUUUGUCCCAAAGGUGAAAUAGGCAUAUCAUUUCUUGUAGAAUAUUUGAUACGUAAUCGAAGUCCAGAACAUAAAGUUGCACUAGCACGUCGUUCUAAUUUUAAUAUGGUGUUCUAAUUUUCGCACAUUUUUAUUCUUUGAAAAGAUCAUUUUUUUUAUUUUUGCGUAUUUUAUUUUUUUUUCUUUGUGCUAAUCAACAUAAUAUGUUAACCAGUAUAUUCAUGUAUUUAAUUUAAUGUGAUUAGGUACGACACACGCGAUAUAUUUCACUUUUGGGUCAAAAUGCUGUAGACCAAUGUAAAGACACUUGCUAAGCAAAUUCUUUUGUCAUUCUUAGUAGAACAUGUAAGUAUUUUUUUAUUGGUUAUGGACUUUUUAUUAAAUGCAGUUAUUCAAAGAACUAAUAUUUCUAUACUCCAUUUGAGAAGACAUGUAAAUAAAGAUAUACAAUCUUGAUAGGAAUUUUUAUUUCAGAACUCUGUUUUAAAAUGAGACAAAAAUCAAUAAUAACAACUAUUUUGAACAUUUGAAGUAGUUUAUUUUGUUUAAUAUGGUACCUAUUCGUGUAAAUUUCGUGGUGGCCUAGUGGGCAAAGAACAAACCGCUCGAGUAUGAGGGCGCAGCUUCGAUUCCAGGUCAGGCAAGUACCAAUGCAACUUUUCUAAGUUUGUAUGUACUUUCUAAGUAUAUCUUAGAGACCAAUGGCAGUGUUUCGGAUGGCACGUUAAACUGUAGGUCCCGGCUGUCAUUGAACAUCCUUGACAGUCGAUACGGGUAGUCAGAAGCCAGUAAGUCUGACACCAGUCUAACCAAGGGUAUUGGGUUGCCCGGGUAACUGGGUUGAAGAGGUCAGAUAGAGGGCAGUCGCUCCUUGUGGCACACUGGUACUCAGCUGCAUCCGGUUAGACUGGAAGCCGACCUCAAUAUAGUUUGGGAAAAGGCUCGGAAGAUGAUGAUGAUGUAGGUAUUUGCGUAAAUAGUACUAUCAAGAUUGUUUGCAUUUAGUUACGUGCCUUCUCAAAUAGAGUAUAAUUGUGUCACCAGCCUUAAUAUUUUAUAACAUUUUUUUUUGUAUAUGAAUUUGUUUAUUUUGUGAUCUAAGUUUACAUAAUUACCUAUAUAACUAUUUACAAUGUAUAUGUAUACAUAUCUUAAUGUGAUGAUUUCAAGUCUGCAAUACAUUUUUUGUAAAAGA